CUGAUCAAGUGUUAUGAAGAAGAUGGGCCUUCUCCUGAAUUGGGACAGGAACACAGGUUCACGCCAGCAGCUCUUUUUAAUAUCAGCACCAAGAUUGUUGACAUACAAGGAAUUUGCCAGUUUAACAUAACUUGGAUCCUUAAUGAAGAUGCCAGUAUAAAAUACUUGAAGGCAACCAAGAUAUGCGUAUCCUCUAGAAACUUAGGCUGUAUUCGAUGUGAUUACUUAGAAAGGUUUCCAAAUCAAAGCAUGUCUAAGAAUCAAAAAUGGCAGUUCAGCUUUGUUGGAUUCUCUGUAGAAGAAAAUAUUGAUUACUUCAUUGACGCUUAUAACCUCCCACCUGCAAAUAUAAAUGAAGAUUAUUCAGAAAUAAACAUACAGCUAACUUCUCCAGACUGUGAGGACAAUAGCUUGAAAUAUUGCCAAAACUGUAUAGAAAAAGGAAGCUUGUGGGAUCCAGAUAUAACAAUAUGUAACAGGGAAUUGGAAUUAGAAGUGAAUUUUACAUCUAGUAACUUUUGUUCCACGUAUAAAAUCCAUCUUUGUGACUCUCAUGAAUGCAGUAAUCCAAUUCUUCAUAUUGUGCCUACUACCAAGGGAAACAAUAGAGUUUCUGAAAAAAUAAAAAAGAGUGAUCAAAGAAGAAACAUAAUAUUUAAAGAGCUAAUUCCUUAUUUUCCAAGAUGUCAAAAUGAUUGCCGAAGGUACUCAUAUUAUCAAACAGUUUGCACCGAAGAACCUAUCCCUGAUGUGGGAAAAAACUACGCUGGCAUAUUCAUCGUUUUAUUUCUUAUAGUGUGCAUAGUUGCUACUGGGCUUUAUUUCAGAUGUAAGCAUGGUACAGUAAGCAAACUGGCUCAUUUCCAUCCUGAAACAGCAGAAACUCCUACUACAGUUCUUGUUAUAUAUUCUCAAGAAACAUGUUUUCAGCACACUGUCCUGGGUUUUGCUGAAUUUCUACAGAAAUACUGUGGAAGUAAAGUUAUAAUAGACCUAUGGCAAAAACGGAGAAUUGCUGAAAUAGGACCAGUGCAGUGGCUUGCUACUCAGAAAGAAAUUGCUGACAAAAUAAUUUUUCUUUGCCCAAGUCACCCAAGUCCUUCAUGUGAUUCAGCUUGUAAGAGCAUCAUAGAAAACCGUAACAAGAAUUCUGAAAGCAUGUUCACUCUUGCAUUACACUUCUUCUGUGGUGAUUGGAAAAUGGAUUCUUCUCUCCACAAGUAUAUGGUUGUUUCUUUCAAUGAAACACGUCCAGGCCCAGAUCUCCCAAGACCACUGAGCAUCUGCCCAAGCUAUUUUUUAAUGAAAGAUAUUGACUCCUUUUGUAGAGACCUUUACUUUUCACAGAGUCUGAGGGAUAAGGCUGCAAAGAAGUGCAACUGGAGAUUUAAGAUUAAACCUGAAUUGCAGGUGGAUUAUUAAAAUGGGAUUGUUUCUCAGAUUUUUCCUCUAGCUAUAAAAGUGAAUUAAUAUUGUAAGUUAGUAAUAGUCACACAUUUCACACACAUAUUUGUGCACUAUUUUAAUAUUUUUACUGCUUUAAUAUACAAAAGAAAAGAAUAAAAAAACCCACAAAACAUUAAAAUACU